UAUAUACAUAGAACCAAAGAUUCUUAUCUAACCUCUCUGAAGGGAAAAAUUGGAUUUUUAGGGCUGUAUCACGAUGGUGUGCGACAAGUGCCAGAAGAAGCUCUCAAAGGUGAUCGUUCCCGAUAAGUGGAAGGAGGGUGCCAGCAAUACCACCGAAGGCGGUGGUCGCAAGAUCAAUGAGAACAAGCUCCUCUCCAAGAAGCAGAGAUGGACGCCUUAUGGAAAUACUAAAUGCAUAAUUUGCAAGCAGCAAGUCCACCAAGAUGCCAAAUACUGCCAUACGUGUGCAUACUCAAAAGGGGUCUGUGCCAUGUGUGGGAAGCAGGUUAUUGACACGAAGUUCUACAAGCAAAGCAAUGUAUGAUAUAAAUGGCGGCAGUCAAUAUGCUUCACAUUCUCAGAAUUGCUUUGAUCUGUGAAUUGGAAGUUUGCUGCAGAUGUAAAACAAAAUCACUCACCUUUACUGGUGAACUCCUUCUGUGUCAACAUUGGUUAUUUUAAAAAACAGGCAUGCUUUUGACUUUUUUAAUGUGAUUGUUACCAGGGGGAACAAUAUUACUAAUUCGUCCUAAUCACUUGCAAUGUAAAUGAGGACUAUUCACUGUUUUUAGUAAUAACCGUAUGCCAAUUUCUACUGAAGA